AUGCCCAAACGCAAGCGCGACGAGUCCGUCUCCGUCCUCUUCACCCGCCACCGCACCUCCCUCUUCCACGCCCUCAAACAAGCCAAAGGCUUCGAACGUCAGCGCCAAUCCAAGCGUCUCUCCGACCGCACCACCGACCCCGCCAAACGCUCCCGCAUCGAAAACGAAAUCGUAGUCCUCAAAUCCCUCGACCUACAACAAACCGCACACGCCCACCUGUGCUCGUCACUGUUAAAAAUCAAAGGGCUCGCCGAGGCGGAAGGGUUGCCGGAAGAGGUGCGGGAGGGCGUGGCUAGACCCGAGGUUACGGAGGAGGAGAGGGCCGCUUUGCAUAAUGUUACGAGCUCGUUGUAUAAUCGGGUGGAGGUGAAGAGGGUGGUGGAGAAGGCUGUGGAGGAGGUUUGUAGGGCUUUGGGGGUGGAGGUGCCGAGGAAGGGGGGGAGGGUGAGGAAGGAGAAGGGGGAUAAGGGUGGGAAGGGGGGGAAUGAGGGGGCGGCUGCUGCUAGCAAUGAGGGUGGGAAGGGAGAGAAGCAGACGGUUGGGGUCGUUGAUGGGGAAGAGGACGAGGGGGAUCAAAGGCCGAGUAAGGCGGACAGGAGAGCCAAGGAUCGACAACCUGAAGACAAUGAGGACAGUGGGGACGAAGAGGAAGAGGAGAAGGCCAUUUCGCAGCUGGACAAGCUCCUCGGCCUGGACUCGGACGAAGAGAGUGAUGACGAAGAAGAGGUGCUCUUCAAAGGCCGGGCCAGGAAGUCCCUAGGGCAGGACCUUGACCCGAUGGAAAUCACCACCGAUGAAGAAGACGGCGACGACGAGCUCGACCCCAUGGAAAUAACCAGCGACGAGGAGAAUGACAGCGACGACGAAGACGAAUUCAACGGCUUCAGCGACGCCGCAGAGGGCGAGCAAAGCUCCGCCAGUGACGACGAAGAUGACGAUUCUGAGGCUGAAAACUCCGACUCCUCCGCGUCCCACACACCACCGCCUAAAAAGGCCAAAAAGGCAAAGGGAACGCUAAAACCAACCGAUUCCACCUUCCUACCCAGCUUGAUGGGCGGGUACAUCUCCGGGUCAGAAUCAGCCUCGGACGUCGACGUGGCGCCGCCGGAACGCAAGAACCGCCGCGGACAGCGGGCCCGCCAAGCGAUUUGGGAAAAGAAAUUCGGCGAGAAAGCCAAGCACCUCACGGAGCCCUCCAAAGGGCGCGACGCAGGCUGGGAUCUGAAGCGGGGAGCGGUUGAUGGGAAAUCGAAACCGUGGAAACAGGGGAUCCGGAAUCCCUUGUUGGAUAAAUCCAGGGGCUCAGGGGCGAACGAGAUGGAGUUGGGGCCCAAGAAAGAGCCGGCGCCGAGGAAGCGCGACGAUGGGGGGGCAUUGCAUCCUAGUUGGGAGGCGAGACGGUUGGCUAAGGCGAAGGAGCAGGCGGGUGCUGCGUUUCAGGGGAAGAAGAUUACGUUUGAUUGA